CCCAUGGUUUUAGACAUACACAACCUCCUCCUUGGAACUUCGUAUGCUGGUUCCAACCAAGUGCCUCUCUUGCUCGCACCGACAACCCAGAGUUCCCGUCUGGCCGAUGCGAAUACUUGCGAUGGCUUCUGCAGCGUUGCUGAUUGGCUUGAGUCACGUGUACUAUGCAUGUUGGGAGGAUUGAGCCCCGUCAACCCCGCAUGAUGGUCAGACCGUUAUUGCUAUCGUCAACAAACUUGAGAGCGAAGACAGUGAUCGAAUUCAAUGGCAGAAGCGCUCGGCGUCGCGUCGAGCGUUAUCGCUGUGGUCGAUCUUUCGGCCAAGGUGCUUUCCUUAUGCUUCCAGUACUCUCAAGCCGUGAAGAAUGCAAAAUACGAAAUCGAAAAGCUUUGCGAAGAAGUUGCCGCUUUUCAGGCCACCACCAAAGAACUCCAGACUCUUGUCGAAGGGCCACGUGGCAAGGAGUUGAAAGCAUCGCAGCAAUUGAAGUCUGUGAUAGAAGAUGGUCGCUCAAGGCUGGAAAAACUUGAGCAACAGCUCCAGCCCUCAACUGGUCGAAAGAGGAUGAGUCGUUUCAGUUUACGCGCACUCAAAUGGCCAUUCGAAAGCAAAGACGUUAAGGGAACCAUCGAGGAUCUUGAGCGUUGCAGGGGGAAUAUUUCUUUGGCGUUGAGUAUUGAUCAGACCGUAAUCCUCCAGAGCGUCGAUGACCGAACGACCCUUAAUCAACUACCGAUUGCACACGGUGCCUCUUUCGACUCUAAGGCCGAACAACACAACCCGACAUGCUUGCCUAACACGCGUCAGGAACUUCUCGACUAUAUCGACCAUUGGAUUGACGACCCCAACUCCAAGACAGUAUACUGGCUUAACGGUAUGGCGGGAACGGGGAAAUCGACCAUCGCACGGACUGUGGCAUAUUCGCGAUCUAAGCGGGGUGAUCUCGGUGCCAGCUUCUUCUUCAAGAGAGGAGAGGUGGAUCGAGGGAACCUCAAUAAGUUGAUGUCGACUCUAGCCUACCAACUGGCCUUGAGCAUGCCGGGAGCUACACUCUUCAUCAAGAAGGCACUUGAUGCCAACCCAGCCAUUGUGGGGAAGUCUGAGAAAGAGCAGUUUGAAAAGCUUAUCCAAGAACCGCUAUGUGAGACAACGGCAACAGCAACAACCCCAUCGUCGGUUGUGAUGGUGAUUGAUGCGUUGGACGAGUGCGACCAAGAGACUGACAUCAGGUUGCUGAUCAAUAUCUUCUCGCAAGCCAAAAUUCUCCGCCCUCGACUCCGGGUAUUCUUGACGAGCAGGCCAGAGCUUCCGAUUCGACUGGGGUUUAGUGAGGUCCAGGGUUCCUAUCAAGACUUGGUGUUGCACGAAAUCCCGGCACAGAUCGUCGAGCAUGAUAUAGUCGUCUUUUUGAACGACGAGUUCAAGAAGAUCCGACAUGAUUUCAACAUGACUGUGAGCGAUGAACGGAAGCUGCCGCCGGACUGGCCUGGUCGCUGGACAGUACAGAGCCUUGCGCAGAUGGCUGUACCGCUCUUUAUCUUCGCAGCGACUGUUUGCCGUUUUGUUGGCGAUCGGAAACGCGAUAGCCCUCCGACACUGUUGCGUAAGGUUCUGGACUACAAGAGUAAAGGUCACGUAUCUCAGUUGGACCGAACUUAUGGGCCGGUUCUACGCUCGUUGAUCACUGAUGUCUCGAAAGAUGAUGAAGAGCAGAUCAUAAAAGACUUCAAGAUGAUAGUUGGUAGUAUAGUCAUGCUUGCCAAUCCUCUUUCAGUUUGGGCCUUGUCACAGCUGCUUGAGGUCGAUCCCGAGGUGGUGGAUAACAGACUCGACACACUCCAUUCGGUUCUCAGCAUACCACCGACACGGAAAGCGCCUGUGCGGCUACUGCAUUUGUCAUUUCGAGACUAUCUCAUCACAAACGCACAUGAAUUCCGGGUAGAUGAAAGACAUACUCACCAAACCUUAGCGAAACACUGCUUGCGUGUCAUGCGGGGCGGUUUGCAUGAGAACAUAUGCAGCCUGCCUUUCCCAGGUACGCACCGAUCUACAGUGGACAAUUCAGAGCUGGAGGAACACAUACCCCUACAGCUCCAAUAUGCUUGCAUGCACUGGGCUUAUCAUCAUAUGGAGAGUAAUCCCACGUCAAAGGAUAACAGUGAGGCUCACGAUUUCCUGAAGACAUACUUCCUGCACUGGCUAGAAGCGAUGAGUUUACUGGACCGAAUCAAAGAAUGUCUCGACUCACUCAGGUCACUGGCAAGAUGGCUGGAGCAGGAAGAUUCGAACCUAUUGACUUUUUUGACCGACGCAGUGCGAUUUCUCCAGGCUUAUUUUUCCGUGAUAGCUGAAGCGCCGCUGCAGAUUUAUUCUUGUCUGACUUUUGCACCAAGCAAGAGUAUUAUAAGAAUGACAUUUGAACAUGCUAUUCCAAGAUGGAUAAGCAAUUUGCCGAAAGUUGAAGAAAACUGGGACGCAUGCUUAUUGACUCUAGAGGGCCACAGCAGGGAGGUUAACGCGGUGGUGUUCUCGCACGACUCGACAAAGGUGGUAUCGGCCUCUGAUGACGAGACGAUACGGAUCUGGAAUGCAGAGACGGGUGUGUGCGAGCGAGUGUUAGAAGGCCAUAGCACCUCGGUCAGAUCGGUGAUGUUCUCGCACGACUCGAAAAAGGUGGUAUCGGCCUCGUAUGACAAGACGAUACGAAUCUGGGAUGCAGAGACGGGCGAGUGCAAAGACGUCAUUUCAUUGGAUGGUCAUGCAGAUGUGCUUUCUUUUACGUCUGAUGGCCGUGGCAUUGUCACAAAUCGUGGUGUAUUUGCUUUGACUGGCGGUUCAGAACCUUGUGUAGAGCCUUCCAUGCCAUUAGAGUCUUCAGAGGCCUCAAUUCUGGCCUGUAAGGACGACACUUGGGUCACGACGGCAGGAAGGGAUUUGCUUUGGCUGCCUUUCGAAUGUCGCAAUGGCAAAAUGGCUAUAGGGCGAAACACCGUUGCAAUAGGCUGUCGAUCAGGAAUAGUUAUUUUAUUAGGGAUUUCUGUGGCGGAUAUAUAGCAGCGAAUAUAUGGCAAUCGCGGAGAAUCGGAUCUUUUGAAGUAUUUCAAUCAUCCAAAGACAGAGGCUACUAAAGACGACCGCGCCUGUUGAUCAUCUAA